CAAGAAAUCUCUUCUGGGCCGUUCUUGUCAGGGACAGGGCUUGGCCGUUGCAAGAGCAGCUCUGGGCCUCUGUGGUGGACUGUGCUGGUGGUCACUGCUGGGGUCUGCUGGCGGUCACUGCUGGGGUCUGCUGGCCGUCACUACUGGGGUCUGCUGGCCGUCACUGCUGGGGUCUGCUGGCGGUCACUGCUGGGGUCUGCUGGCGGUCACUGCUGGGAUCUGCUGACCGUCACUGCUGGGGUCUCCCCAUCCUUCUCUGUCCUGUCGCCUGCGCUAGUUCAGGUAGGGUGCUGGGUGCCCUCCACCUUUCGGGCCGGAGAGCUGCUGGAUGGGCAGAGGGGCCUGGUGCCCUCCAACUUCGUGGACUUCAUCCAGGAUAACGAGUCGCGGCUGGCGGGCACUCUGGGAAGCGAGCAGGACCAGAACAUCAUCAACCAUGCGGGCCUCGGCCUGGAGGACGGACACAUCCUCACCCUCCACUCCCCGACCCAGGUGGGCCCGGCCGUCACCGACAACGUCGGGGGGACGCUGGACGUGAGCAUCGACGACAUCGGAGAAGACACCGUGCCUUACCCCAGAAAAAUCACCCUCAUCAAGCAGCUGGCCAAAAGCGUCAUUGUGGGCUGGGAGCCGCCGGCCGUGCCGCCCGGCUGGGGCACCGUGAGCAGCUACAGCGUGCUGGUGGACAAGGAGCCCCGCCUGAGCCUCACCCUGGGCAGCAGGACCAAGGCCCUCAUCGAGAAGCUGAACACGGCCGCCUGCACCUACCGCAUCUCGGUGCAGUGCGUGACCAGCAGGGGCCGCUCGGACGAGCUGCAGUGCACCCUGCUGGUGGGCAAGGACGUGGUGGUGGCCCCCUCGCAGCUGCGCGUGGACAACAUCACGCAGAUCUCCGCCCAGCUCUCCUGGCUGCCCACCAACAGCAACUACAGCCACGUCAUCUUCCUCGAUGAGGAGGAGCUGGACAUCGUCCGGGCGGCCAGGUAUAAGUACCAGCUCUUCAACCUCAGGCCCAACGUGGCCUACAAGGUGCGGGUGCUGGCCAAGCCCCACCAGAUGCCCUGGCAGCUGCCUCUGGAGCAGAGGGAGAAGAAAGAGGCCUUUGUGGAGUUCUCCACACUGCCCGCAGGCCCUCCGGCCCCCCCGCAAGACGUCGCCGUCCACGCCGGGCCCACGGCGGCUGCCGUCCAGGUCUCCUGGAAGCCGCCUGCACUGACUCCCGCCGGGCUGUCCAACGGGGCAAACGUCACCGGCUAUGGCGUCUAUGCCAAAGGGCAGAGGGUGGCCGAGGUCAUCUUCCCGGUGGCAGACUGCGCGGCGGUGGAGGUCCUGCGGCUGCAGAGCCUGGAGGCCAGCGCCGUGACCGUGCGCACGCUCUCCGUGCAGGGCGAGUCCAUGGACUCAGUGCCCGCGGCCGUGCCCCCCGGCCUCCUGGUACCUCCGGCCCCCCACCCGAGGACUGCCCCCCCACCAAAGCCAUUAGCAACCGCCCCCGACACCAAAGACAAGCACCCGGGGCCUCACGCCAAGGCCGACGCGUCCUGGGAGCAGAGCCGGGCGCCGGCCCCGCCGCACCGGCACACGCUGGAGCCGCCGGGCCUGCAGGGCCCCGAGCCCGGGAGGAGGUCACCCUCGCCCAGCCGGAUCCUCCCGCAGCCCCAGGGAGCGCCCGUGUCCACCACCGUGGCCAAGGCCAUGGCCCGAGAGGCCGCACAGAGGGUGGCAGAGAGCUGCCGGUUAGAGAAAAGGAGCCUCUUCCUGGAUCGGGGAGACGCGGGGCAGGAUGCCAACUCGGACGAAGAAGACGGCUACGCCUCCCCCAAGGUCAAGAGGAGAGGCGCGUCGGUGGACGACUUCCUGAGGGGGUCGGAGCUGGGCAAGCAGCCCCCCUGCUGCCAUGGAGAUGACUACCACACGGAGAGCAGCCGGGGCUCCGACCUCUCGGACAUCAUGGAGGAGGAUGAGGAGGAGCUGUACUCUGAGAUGCAGCCGGAGGACGGAGGCCGGCGGAGGCCCAGCGGUACCUCCCACAAUGCCCUCAAGGAAUGUUCUAAGUCCAGGAGCCUGGAGGGCGCUUUCCUGGAGCAGCCCGAGUUCCCCCAGCACCCCCACCGCAGUAAGCGGCUGUUCAGUAUCCCCGAGGUAGCGGAGGAGGACGCGGAGCACGGGGAGCCACUGCUUAGGCAGGCCAUGGGGGCCUCCCGCGCCAGGGCCCUGCUGGCCAUGGGGCAGGGGUCCGGCCGGCCCUGCUGGGGGCACCCGGCCCCGCAGGGCUCCUGGAUGCCAGCCAAGCACAGGGGCCAGGGGCCUGCCCACGCCGAGGACCUCCUGGAAGACAGAGGCUGCCGGUUCAGCCGCUCAGCCACCAGGAGCCCGGACAGCGGGCUGGACUGCGGCAGCGAGGAGGAUGAGUCUUGGUUUAGUUUCAGGAGCGCCGUGGCCAAGUGCAGCCCGGGCCUCGGUCACUGUCCCUGUCGGCGAAGCCGGCAGCCUCCACUGGCGCGGCGGCCCACGCUGACGCGGCAGAGCAGCAUUGAAGAGGAUUUGGGGGAGCAGGUGGACCCCAGUGAGGUCAUCAGAAGCGAUGAUGCCCUGCUCAGCCCGGAGAGGCCCCUGCCCCGGAGGUAUGGCUGGGACGAGGCUACUGGCCACGAAGACUUUCGGGGUGUCUGGAGGAAAAGCCCAGCCAUGCCCGACAGUAGGGCCGCUGACCGCCACGCCCAGCCUCCUCCCAGAGUUGCAGACGGCCCUUUGAUCUUAGGAAACACCGUGCUGGCUGGACGGGCAGACAGAGCGGAUCACGAGGGCCGGAGGGCCUCCCACGGCAGCGCCGGCCCGCACAGGCCCCGGCCGGCGAUGGCCCCCGCUCUCGGUGAGCACACCCCGCAGGACCGCCUCUCUCCAGACUUCUACGAGGAGUCGGAAACCGACCCUGGUGCCGAGGACCUCCCGGCCCGCAUCUUCGUGGCUCUGUUUGACUACGACCCGCUCACCAUGUCCCCGAACCCCGACGCGGCCGAGGAGGAGCUGCCCUUCAAGGAAGGGCAGAUCAUCAAGGUGUAUGGCGAUAAGGAUGCGGAUGGAUUCUACCGGGGGGAGACGUGCUCGCGGCUCGGCCUCAUCCCUUGUAACAUGGUGUCCGAGAUCCAGGCGGCCGACGAGGAGAUGAUGGAGCAGCUGCUGAGACAAGGUUUCCUCCCGCUGAACACGCCCGUGGAGAAAAUUGAGAGGAGCUGGCGCGGUGGCCGGCCCCACGCCUCAUCAACGCGAAGAAUGGUGGCCCUGUACGACUACGACCCCCGAGAGAGCUCCCCCAACGUGGACGUGGAGGCCGAGCUUCCGUUUUGCACAGGAGAUAUUAUUACAGUUUUUGGUGAGAUCGACGAAGAUGGAUUUUAUUACGGGGAGCUGAACGGGCAGAAAGGCCUGGUACCUUCGAACUUCCUGGAAGAAGUGCCUGAUGACGUGGAGGUGUAUCUCUCCGACGCCCCAUCCCACUACUCCCAAGACCCAGCCCUGCGCUCCAAGGCCAAACGGAAGAAGAGCGUUCAUUUCACACCUUAA